GGUCUGUAUAAGCAGAUAUCGAUGUGCUGGACAAACUCUGUGAUGUCAGCUGGACUUUUCAUUGAAGUCGUAAACUGAAUUUGGAUUCUUCAUUUGAACAAAUGUUUGUGUUUUGAAAACCUUUGCUUUUUGAUAGAUAAAAUAUUUAAUUACUGCAUUUGUAAUAUAUGUGUGACAAAAUAGAGCAUUUCUACGUAAUUCUGUUGUGGAAUGUCUAACCUAUUUUAUUGUUAUUUCUUUCCGUCGGACUAGGAUAUUAAAAUGCACUAUCUCAAUUUAGUGUGCAAUGUGCAGAAAGUCAAUAAUUAAAACUUUGAAAAAGAACUGCUUGACUGUGGAAAUAUGCAGCUUGUGAACACCGAUUGCAAAGAAGCAUAUACAAGAUGCUUGCAAAAAUUGAAAAACUUCUGAUUAGAAAUCGAUCCUGAAGUUAAGAGAUAACGAAAAGACAAACGACAUUUUCGAAGUCAAAAGUCAGAUGACAAGACAAAAAUGCCUGUAGGAAACAGAAAAUGUGAACCAGAGAAAUUAACUUUUGGAUAACUGAAUAGAAAUAUUUCAAUGUAAUAACAAUGAUAAUAUUCCACCGACAAAGAAACUGCAAGCAAAAUGUGUGGCAGUUGGAUAUGACGAUAACCAUGGUAUUUCAGAGACACCGAAAAAAUAAAUACUGUGGAGAACGUUUAAAUUUCUCUUGGUACUGACAACUUAUGGAAGAUUUGGAUUUCUUUUGUUUUUGGCCACUUGUGAAAUAAUUGAAAACAGCUAAUAUGGAGAACGCUCGCGUUUCUCUUGUUAUUGACGAAUUAUGUAAUUAUUAAAGAUAAAUGAUGCAGAGAACAUUAGAGUUUCUCUUGUUAUUGACAACUUGUGAAAUGAUUAAAAAUAAAUAAUGUUGAGAACGUUUGCGUUUCUCUUAUUAUUGACAACUUGUGAAAUGAUUAAAGACGGAAACGUUAGCAUAGUAUUGUUUGAUGGUCUCUGCCCUAACACUGACAACGAUCUGAAUAAAUUGGUCAAUUCAGAACUACAAUUAGCAAACAAAUAUAUUUUCAGACAAAUUUGUAUGGAAGAGAAUGGUAAUAUUGAAACCAUUAUUAAGAAUGACACUGUAGAUAUGUUUAUUGGAACAAUGAAUCUGGAGAAUGAUAAAAAGUAUAUGAAAUUUGCUGAAUUUUUCAAUAGGCCUUACAUUUCGCCAAGUGGUAUUGAUAGACAUAAAGAUGGUGAAAUACUGUGGUCGUUAGGUGCAAAUUAUCAAAGAGUGGCCACUGUGCUCGGCAUAGUUUUGACCCAUUUUAAAUGGAGGAAAGUGUUACUUAUAACGGAAGAGAGAUCUGAAUAUGUAACAUUUGGGAAUGAGAUGUUUAUAGAAUUAGCACAUGACGGUUUCAGACCGACAAUAGAAUACGUCAGGAAUGACUUCGGAGAUACAGAGAUUGAAAAUUUGCUUUCAAAGGUCACGGAUCAGCAGAAAGGUGUUGUUCUACUUGCCCGGACUCAAAUGCGGGAUAGAAUCAUAGCACUUGCUGGCAGACAAGAAAACUUUGCAGAAAAACAUUCAUUGUUUAUAUUAGAGACAAAUCCCUAUCUUAAACCAAACAUCGAAUAUUUUAAUGACACAGUUUUUGCAAACACAACAAGUGGAAUUCUUCAUUCAAUAUUUCACUUGUAUCCUAGUUUUGAUAUUCUCGAUAGAAAAGUAACAAAACGGAGCACGAAGGAUCCAACUAUAUCAUUGCAACGAAUUACAAGACAAACGCGAAGUGUUUCAAAUGAUGACAUAUCAGUAAUAAAUUUCAUAUAUGACGCCGUAAUGGCUAUAGAUACACUCAUUUCUGACAAAAAUGUCAGUGAUUUAGGACAAUUAUUUCAUCUGUUAGCCAAUAGAACGUUUCAGUUGUAUUCUGGGAAAAUUAGAACUGACAUUUCUAAUAAUGUGUUAUUCGAUUUUGUGUUGAGUGACCUAGACAUCGAAAAAUGGGAAUCCAACCAAGCACAGGAAAUUAAACAACUUCAAGACAGCAGCUGGGAAAUUAUUGGACUAAGAGAGGUUCGAUGGCCGAAUGAUCAAGUCUUGGGUCCGGACGAAAGCUUCUAUUUAGAUUCCUGCAGGCAGGAAUCAGAAGGAAUGGAUGCACUCUACAUUCUUGCCAUAGCGAUAGCUGUACUGUUUGUUGCUGGAGUUGCAACUGCUAUUAUAAUAGCUGUAUGGCGGAAGAUAAUACACAGAGAUAUGUCUAAAGGUCAGCAUAAAGUUCUUUUAACGAAAGACGAUCUUGUUUUUCUGUCGAAACGUGAUGUCCAAAAAGGUUCUAAGUUGAUGAACGGUAACAGUAACUUGAUAGACCGACCAGAUUUAAUAAAGGACUCGAGUGGUAGAACUGCAACAAACAGGUCAAUGGUUAGUCUACAUGAAUAUGCUGAUAUUACAGAUACAGCGAGAUAUAAUGGUGACUUGGUUCAUGUAAAAGAGCUCAAAAUGAAGACUUUUGAAAUGAAAAGCAAGGUGUUACAUGUAAUCAAAACACUUAAAGAUGUACGGCAUGAGAACGUCAAUUUAUUUGUUGGAUUCUAUGAUGACCAAAAUGUUCCAGCAAUAAUAACAGAUUUUUGUAGCAGGGGCAGCCUUGAGGAUGUUUUAAACAAUAGCGACAUUAAACUCGACUGGGACUUCAAAGUGUCUUUGCUUACAGAUCUUAUACGGGGAGUUAGAUAUAUUCACAACAGUUCAUUACGAUGGCACGGCAACCUUAAAUGUCGCAAUUGUUUGAUAGACAGUCGUUGGGUUCUCAAGGUUUCGGAUUUCGGGCUUCCUAAUCUAUAUGGUGCUAUUAAGUUUCCGCCUAAAUUCCAAGAUUCAGAUCUCUUGUGUAUGGCACCAGAACAUCUAAGAGAUCCAGUUCCUGGUUUGAAGGGUUCAGAAAAAGGAGACGUUUACAGCAUUUCAAUUAUCAUGCAGUGCGUGGUCUUGCGCUCUGGCCCUUACAGUACUUCCGGCUUGACACCCUCUGAAAUUCUACAUAAACUGAAACAUCCACCGCCACUACUACGUCCGUCAGUGAGUCACGGCACAGCGCCACCGCAGUACAUACAACUGAUGAAGGUUUGCUGGACGGAAAACCCGGAAAUGCGACCUGGAAUGGAGGAAAUAUACCAACAGUUCAAAACAUUCACCGGUGGGAAAAAAAUGAACAUAGUAGACACAAUGUUCCGUAUGUUAGAGAAAUACUCAACAGACCUUGAAGAUCUUGUAAAAGACCGAACAUUACAACUUGAAGAAGAAAAGAAAAAAACUGAGCUACUUCUGUAUCGAAUGCUGCCACGGGUAGUUGCAGACAGUCUAAAAUGUGGACGAACUGUGCAGGCCGAACAGUUUUCGGAAGUAACAAUAUACUUCUCGGAUAUUGUCGGGUUUACCACAAUUUCUGCAAAUAGUACUCCUAUGCAAGUGGUUGAUCUACUGAAUGACCUUUAUACCAUGUUUGAUGCAACUAUAGACGCUUAUGAUGUGUAUAAAGUUGAGACAAUAGGAGACGCUUACAUGGUAUGUAGCGGAUUGCCGAUCAGAAACGGCAAUCGCCAUGCGGGAGAAAUCUCCACGAUGGCUUUAGAUCUGCUCUCUCAGUGCGGCAAUUUUACCAUCAAACAUAUGCAUGAAGUGCCACUCAGGGUCAGAAUUGGACUUCAUUCAGGUCCAGCGGUUGCAGGCGUUGUUGGGUUAACAAUGCCGAGGUACUGUUUAUUCGGGGAUACCGUUAAUACUGCAUCUAGAAUGGAAUCAACUGGUGCAGCGUAUCGAAUACAUAUCAGUGACACUGUGAAAAUUAUCCUUGACUCUCUUGGUGGCUAUCAAACAGAAUACAGGGGCGAGGUUGAACUCAAGGGAAAGGGUAUGGCUAAAACCUACUGGCUGACAGGGAAAGAUGGGUUCACGAAAGAACUACCGGAUCCGCCACCAUUAACGACUGGAGACAAUCAUGGGCUGUCACUUGAGAAAUUUAUUGGCGGUGCUAAGAAAGGAAAAGCUGAUGUGAGCAAAUUACCAUCGAAGCGUAUUUCAUCAACAGCCUCACCGUUUUUCCGAUCUAAAACCCAUGUUCUUGAAGACAGUGUUAGCAAUUCUAAACUGUCAGAGCAACGGGUAAGAAACUCAAUAAUCCAUGUGUCUCCAAAACAAGAGUCUCAAGAUAGCAGAAGUAACCUUAAUGAUAAUUUAAAUGUGACUGAUGUAAAAUGUCAGAGUGAAUUUACUAGUGAAGAUAUUGACACACGAGAAUAUUCACCAAUUGAUAAGCAUCAGCAAGGAAUGACUAAGGCAGAUUUAGAAGUGGUGAACACACAAACGGAAUGUAUUCAGGAUCAAUAUGUAUGCACAGAUCAUAUACAAAACAGUGCAAUCGACAAUAAUAAAGAUUUGUGUAACAGUAAAGAAACAACACGACAGUUAAAAUCUGAUUUAGAUUCACUAAAUGAAAAUGACAUAGACGAUCAUGUCCGUGAGUCAAAGAUAAGCGUUAAACCUUGCAAUACAGAUGACAGGCAUGUGACAUUUAGAAAACUGCGCACCAAAGACAUUGUCAAAAAUACACUGAAUGAGGACAGUGAAUAUGUUAUUACAAAUGUAAAAAAUAAAAAUGGUUCGUUUGAUAUACACGAUAUAAACCUGAAUUCACCAAAGCGGAAGACAAUUGAAACAAGGACUAGGAAGUCUAGUUCUACAUCACCACGGAUAAAAUCGUCCUCGGGUGUGUACCAGAAUAAAUCCAGAAAACCAAAUGAAACGAACAAUGGAUCUAAACGAAGACGUUCAAGUUUUCAAGAAAGCCUCGUAUAAAAAUUCAGUCAAAUAGUGAAUAUCCAGUCCCUGUUCUUGUUUUGUUGUGUUCGAAAAUGAUCAGGGUUAGUAGGCUCUAGCAUAGACCUGGUAUGGGGAACGAGCAUUACAUUUUGGCAAUGCUUACUUAAACUUGUCCUUUGGCGAAAUACUAAUGUCAUAUGACAGUUGUUCAAAAAAGACGGACUAAAAGGGAAAUUCGGUUGUAUUUGACGUACAAUGUAAACAAUAUACUUGACCAGGUUCUAAUUGAGUAUAUAGAUUUUGCCAACAUUGUUUUGCAGAUGCUUGGUAACAUAUUCACAGCCACAGGUCAGACGAAAUAUAAUAACUAUAAUGCUUGAUUUUGUAUGAUGAAAAUGUUUACAUUCAAGGUAUACCAUCCAUAAUUGGCAAUAACUAAAAUGCUAUAUAUGUAUAAAAAUCAUAUGUUUAGAGACAUACAUAUGCUAAGCUCGAGACUUACAGGUCAAGGGGUUCUAAAGAUAUUGAGCGGAGUCGGUUUUUUGUACUAACAGUCACUUUGCCCUUGACCUUUGACCCACUAACCACAGAAUUAAUAGAGCCAUUCACUACCCAUGAGCAGUGUUCAAAUCAAGUUAUCAAGUUAGAGCAUCAUAGUUCAAAACAUUUCUUAAAUUGAGAGUAAACGAAAUUGGUAACGGACAGGCAGACGUACAAGAGGACCUGUGCAAUCACAUAACACGUCGUAUAAAAGGCGUAUAAAACAUAUAAAAGUAAACGGUUCUUAAACCAACACAUUGAAAAUAACUAAAAUCAAUAGUUCAGAGUCUAACAUUGAAAAUAGCUAAAAUCAGUAGUUCAGAGAUUAUGUCACAAAGAGCUUCAAGUUGUCCUUAUAUGAUAUUGAUCGGAGAUUUAGAAAAUUUUUGAGUAUUCCAGGAGGUUUUCAGUUAUGGACGGAAUACGAAAAAAAAUGUUGAUUACCUUGUGUUUUUUUUUUUCUUCAAACUUUGUUACACUUUUUAAAUCAUUGCAUCUACAAAAUACAAUUUCUUGUAAUAAUUAAACGUCAGUGAAUAUCCACUGUUACAUCUGAAAAAUUACUUUAAAGAAAUUAUGAAUGUUUCUGAGAUGAACUUUGUAACCGAAAUGGAAAUCUUGAAUUUCGGUAAAAAAUCUACGAACUUCCAAAAGUAAAUUAAUACAUACGAGGUUUGUACUUUAUUAAUUAUACAAAUACAUAACGAGGCAACAUCAAUUUAGCUUUAGCCAAGUUGUAACCAACAUGUUGUAAUAAACCCUGGUUUAGACUGUUUUCACAUACUAUAGUUGAGUUGAGUGAUAUUGAUUUUCAUGUUAACAUCAUAAUAUUGUGAUAUUCCAGUGAUUUGUUGCAAGUUCCUAAAUUUGUCAUGAAUACGGUAACUAACUAGAAUAUUUUUACUGUUACCCUUUAAGGGAGUUAUUUUUAUUUGUACCUCUGAAUUAUAGAUAUAUGUGUUCAGUUCUUUGUGAAUAAUGUUCGUUUCAUGAGAAUUUUCUUUUUUGUUUUUGAUUUUGAUGUGACGUUAUUUUAACUUAUUGAAACUUGAUAUUUACAAAACGUUUUUCAGAAUAAAAUGUGAUAUAAUUUGUAAGUUAUUGUUACCUUAUCAAUAAACUUAUGGUACCCUUUGAAAAUCAAACACUAAUUAUCAAUUUGUGCAUUGAAUUCUAGACUUGAAAGUGUCCUCAGUAGAUAAUUUGUUUUAAGCCAAGAGGUGAAAACUGUCUGCAUCG